AUGGGAGGCUACUGGGAAAUUGGAAUCAAGCGAAUAAAGUACCACCUGAAACGCGUACUAGACGAAACUUUACUGUCCUACGAGGAGUUCAUCACAUUACUGACGGAAGUGGAAGCCUGUGUAAACUCUCGCCCGUUAUGUCAAAAUUCAAGAAACGCAGUCGAUCUCGAAGUUUUAACUCCGGGCCACUUUAUGGUCGGCGAAUCGCUUAAGUCGAUCCCGGAACCUGAGGGUCAAGGGUUCCGUGGCACGCUACAUCAACGAUGGCAGUUGAUUUCCGCAAUAAGACGGCACUUCUGGCGUCGCUGGAGAGAUGAGUAUCUAGUCAGCUUACAGCGUCGGGCUAAGUGGUUUCGCCCAUCACGUAACUUCAAAGAAGGAGAUAUUGUGGCUGUUUUCAAUGAGCUCAGUCCACCUACAAAGUGGUUGCUCGCAAGGGUGAUCCAUUGUCAUCCUGGAGCUGAUGGUCGUGUACGAGUCGUGACCGUGAAGACGUCGACUGGGGAGUUCGUCCGUCCAAUAGCGAAGUUAUGCCUACUGCCCACAAAGAAGGAUCUAUUUUCCGAGGAAUAGAAUUAAGUGUGCUUAUUUCAUUUAGUUCGUAAUUCGUAAAAUAUUAAUUUGAAUUUAAUCAUGUAAUUG